UGUGCGUUCACGUGCGUUUCCGUCCUUCAAGUGGAAGCGUUGUGCGAAACGUGAUCUGUGUUGGCCCUAACGUGAAAAGCGUUGUGAAGCCGGUUUCUUGCAGGUCCGGUCGACAUGAGUCCCAAGCAAGUCGUCUUCAAAAAAGCGUCCCCGGAUAAGUCGGUGACCAUCUACAUGGCCAGCAGAGACUUGGUGGACCGCGGCGAUGGCGCGGAUCCGCUGGACGGCGUGCUUGUCGUCGACUCUUCGCAGCUGGCAGGAAAACGAGGUCAGUUGACACACGUUGGAAAAGCGAUUGAAACGGUGGCGGCGUUAGGCCCAUUAUUGGGGGGGGGGCGGGCUGAAACCUCACAAGGAUGCUCUGAACAUUCGGCCUUUCCACGUCCUUCACAACGUCCUUCGCGGUGGAAAAGCAGUCCGUGUUUUCGCCGCCGCCGUGCGGAAAGGCGACUUGAGGGCUUUCGCUCGUAUCUCGAGGCCGGCCUGCCCUCGUCGUGCGCGCGGACCGGCCCCACCCUGCGUUUUGUGCUUUCAGUCUACGUGAUGUUGUCGUGCACCUUCGUCUACGGCCGGCGGGACGAGGACGUGAUGGGCGCGGCCUUCCGCCGCGACCUGUUUGUGGCCACCCGCCAGGUUUUCCCGGAGCUGCAAGACAAGGAGCGGCUGACGCGCAGCAAAAUUCAGGAGAAGCUGCUGCGAAAACUCGGCCGCGACGCCUUCCCCUUCUUCCUGGAGUUGCCGGACAACCUGCCCAACUCGGUCACGCUGCAGCCUGGACCGUCGGACGUGGGAAAGAAAUGCGCCGUGGAGUUCCAAGUGAAAGCGUUCCGCGCCGACGAUCGGCGCGACGAGCCGGACGGACGGAGUUCCGUCAGCCUGACCGUUCGAAAGGUCCAGUUCGGUCCGCGGGACGUCGAGCCGUCGCCGUUCGCGGAGACCACCUUCGACUUCCUGAUGUCCGACAAGCCUCUUCGCGUCAAACUGAGCCUGCCCAAAGAGACGUUCGGCCACGGCGAGCCGCUGCGGGCCGAGGUGCGGAUCGCCAACUGGUCCAACCGGAGGGUGAAGGACAUCAGCCUGUCAGUGGAGCAGGUGACCAACGUGGUCCUCUACUCCAACGACAAGUACGUCAAGUCGGUGGCCAAAGAGGAGACCAGUGACGGCGUGGCGGCGGGUUCCAGCCUGGCAAAGUCAUACACCUUGUACCCGCGUCUGGAGCACAACAAGGAACGGCGGGGACUGGCUCUGGACGGACACCUCAAGCACCAAGAUACCAACUUGGCUUCCUCCAGCAUGGUGAAGCGGGAGGUGGCGAAGGAGCUGCAGGGCAUCUUGGUGUCUUAUAAGCUGCUCUUGAAGAUGACUGCCACGGGACCUCUGGGAUCCAGCGAGGUGCGCGUGGAGCUUCCUUUCAGAUUGAUGCAUCCGAAACCCGAAGCCGCCAAAGACACAAACGAGUGUGACGACAUCACCUUUGAGGAUUUCAAACGUUCCUUCCUUCGCGGCGUCAUCGGAGAGGACGACGAGGAAGAGCAGGGGGAGUCCUGAACGCCAAAGAUGGCCGACCAAUGGCAGGCUAGGCACAAAAAGCUUGAUAGAGAACGCCCUUGCUUGGACCUUGACGCCCGAAGGCCAGAGGUGACCAAAGCUUGUCAAUACAGUAAUAAAAAAAAGAGUCAUUGCCUAUUGAUGCCACAAGAUGGCGACAAAGGACUACUUUUCUUAGAGAAGCUCCGGCCGUAUUUCAUUCAUUAGGUGGGUCACAAUAUUCAAAGUCCAACUUUUAAAAACUAAAGACAUUGAUAGGCAAUUACAGAAACAAGAUUGUUUGAAAAGCUCCCUCAGAGACAUGAUUGCAUUUUUCUAAACCUGGAGUUGAAAGCAUUCUUACUUUAGGCGGAGUCAGCUGGCACCGACAUUGUUGGGGGG